AUGGCUCCCGAUAAGCUUGUGCCAAAUGACACUCGUGUCAAGCACGAGAAGGCCCAGAUUCGGGGCAAAACCUACAAGUACAUUGUCGGUGAACCUGAGGGUACCCCUCUAGAAACCAUGGUUCUCAUCCAUGGUUUCCCGGAUCUUGGUUUUGGCUGGCGCUACCAAGUUCCCUACUUCAUGUCUCUGGGAUUCCGAGUCAUUGUCCCUGAUAUGGUGGGAUACGCAGGCACUGAUGCCCCAGAGUCCCUCGAGGAGUACACAUACAAGAGCCUCUCUGCAGACAUCAACGAGCUGGCUCGCAAGUAUGUCGGCGAGGACGGACAGAUCGUUCUCGGUGGCCACGAUUGGGGUGGCAUGAUCGUCUGGAAGGUCUCUACCUGGUACCCUGAGUUGAUCAAGUGCGUCUUCAGUGUCUGCACACCCUACAUGCAGCCCAGAGAAACCUUCCUCCCUCUCGAAGCCAUUAUCGCAAGCGGUCACCUUCUCAACUUUAGCUACCAGCUGCAGUUCAAGGGUCCAGAUGUUGAGUCCAAACUCCAAGGCAAGGAGAAGGUGCGACAGUUCCUGAAUGCCAUGUACGGCGGACGUUCUCCCAACGGAGAGCUCGGAUUCUCCUCCAAGGAGGGUGUCCUGUUUGACCACCUGGCCGAGCUGGGCCCCUCGCCUCUCAUCAGCAAGGAGGACCUCGACUUUUACGUCGAGCAGUACUGCUUGCACCCAUCCCCCGAGCUGCGCGGCCCUCUUAACUACUACCGCACGCAAGAGCUCAACUACCGCGACGACGUGGAGAUCGCCAAGAAGGGCGGCAACAAGUUCAAGAUGCCUGCCAUGAUGAUCACCGCGAGCGACGACUCUGCUCUGCCUCCCUCCAUGUCGCAGGGCAUGGAUGCAAGCUUUGAGAAUCUAUCUCGGGCUGAAGUCAAGGCUUCGCACUGGGCUUUGUGGCAGGCUUCUGACGCUGUGAACCAGCAUGUCACAAAAUGGCUUGACGGCGUUUUGGAUGGUGCCUUGAAAGCUAAGGCAUCUCUGUGA